UUAGAGUAAAAAAGAAGCCAAAAAUUAAUGAGUCACAAAAUUAAAAGAAAAGUUUGAACGGACAUAAAUAUCAAUAAAAGAAAUCAUAUUCAUAAAAUCAUGUGCCCCUAUCGUAAUAUAACAUCGAUAUAUAUCGAUUGAGACCAAAUAUUUAUGGUUUCAAAAGCGCGGAAAAGUACCGUUUCUCCGUAUUUUGGAUACACGCGUUUUUACGUUUGGACAAAAAUGGCUCGUCAACACAAAAAUUCACAAUUUCCGCUAUUUAACUCGCAUUUUGUUCCACAAAUGUGGUUGAAUGUACCAAGUACAACUUAUGGCGGAUACAGUUAUCAACAAUGUUUUGAUCAAGCGAAUUAUAAUUUAUUGAUGAAUUCCAUUUUGAUGCAACAGCAUGAAAAUCAGCAGCUUCGAACCAAACUUCAAAUUGUCGAAAAAAAAUUGCUUUCGGAGAUGUCGUUAAAGAUUCACGAAAUGCCGAACUGUGGUACUGAAUGCGCUAAAAAGUUGCAGGAGAAAAAUGAGAAAAUCUCCAUCUUAGAAGAAGAAUUAACUAAGAUGAUCGACAAAUUUGGAAAGCUGGUCAAAAAAGAUAGUGAGCUGCUGUUGGAAAACGUCAAGUGCAUUCACGAACCAGAAGAAAUCACGAAUUUGAAACAAAAAUUAUCGGAGCUGAUCAUUAAUAUUGAAAAUGAGCGUGAGGUGAAUUCGGUAAACGCUAAACGCCUCUUGGAAAAAGAAGAAGAAAUGAGCAAUUUGGAAGCUGAAUUAGCAGAGAUGAAAUAUAAAAUUGAAAAGGAGAGUGAAUUAAAGAAAGAAAAUACCAUCCGUCUGCAAGAAAAGGAAGAGGAAAUCGCCAAUUUGGAUCAACAAUUAUCGGAAAUUACGAUUAGCAUUGAAAAAGAGAGGGAUAUGAACAGAGAGGAACACACCAAAUACCUUCAUGAACAGGAAGAAGAAAUAGCUAAAUUAAAACAGGAAUUAUCAAAGCUCUCAUCAUAUGUACAAGAACUCAAUCGUCAGGUUCAUGAGCGAAAUGCUAAAUUAAACGCCUUCAGUGUGAUCAAUGACAUGCUUGUGUCCUCAAUUGAAUCACGCGAUAAAACGAUUGUUCAAUAUAAGAAAAAAACUGCAGAAAAACACAAAGGACACCUCGUCGUCUGAUGUUGAUUCGCUGCUUGGAAAUCUUUCACCUUUACAGACCUCUUCGCCAGUUUUAAAUGCAGUAAAGAAUAUCGAAAAUUCCGGCUAUAAUCCGUUGCCUGAAACUCUUUCGACUCCCGAAGAAUCGAAUAGUCCAACACCAUCAAAUGCUUUACAGAAUAAUAAGGCGAAGAGCUCAACAUCCAAAUUGGAUCCACGACCAAAGGAAUUCGUGACUCCAUCAAUGCAGAGUUCUUUGAAGUCAUGGAAUGGUGCGCAUAAGUGGCGUUUUGCCAAAAGAGCGGUGUUUGACAUUGCAACACCUGAAGCUGGGAACACAACGGAGUCCUGGACUUGCUUGCAUUGUGAUAAAAACACUCAUCCCCUGAAAUUUGUAUCUUAUACGGAGUACCGUCAACAUUUAAUUGAAAUUCACAACGAGGUUUUAGAUCCGGCCUUAUGUGUAAAGUGUGGUUGGCGUUCCAGUAAUGGGCUUGAUCUCGACUUCCACAUGUAUAAGCAGCACCAAAUCCCUUCGUUGUUUUAUUCAUUUUCAAAGAACGAUUUUUCAACAUCCCUCUUGGCAAAAUAAUUUCAAGUCAUAUCCUAUGAUAUUAUUUUCUUUAUAACGAUAACUUGAAUUAGGUAUUAACUUUAAGAAAUAUUUGAAUACCAACUCAGGUUUACAUACUACUUUUCUUAUUAUAAUUAAACCUUAAGACUAUUGAAGAAAUGAUAUUAGUAACAAUAAAGAUAAUUUCCAUUGCGUUUAGGUUGAUUUAUUAAGAAAAAGAAUUAAUACCGAAGCAAAUAUUGAUAUAUUCUAAAUCGAAUUAAGUUGCAUUCAAAAUUGAAUCUCAAAAAUUUAAGAAAUAUUGAAAAAUGCAUUCGAACAUAAUUUGAAUCAAUGACUUUUGCUUUCAGUUAUAAAGCGUAUCAAUUUGUUUUUCCCCUUUUUUAUUUUUUUUUUUUUUGGAUUUUACAUUGCUUGUUAUGGUUGGACAUACAAAAAAAAAAUUACAUCAUCACAUACAUUAAACAUACAUACAAUAAAUUAGUUUAUAAUUACUACCAUUUUUGAAUAAAGAUUUGUUAUUAAUUUAUACUCGAAUCUUGAAUACUUUUCAUCGUACGCUGUAAGAAAACAAUCUAAAAUGUAAUCAGACUGUUUAAUGUACAGCGUACAAUUAAUAUAAACAUUGAAAGAGAUACGAAAAUUGCACAAUCGCUUCAAUUAAUUUUUUCGCUUAGCACUGACAAUAUUAAAUCAGCCGCGGCAUUGAUUUGGUGCAAGCAAAGUAUUAACUAAAGCGAAUACAUUU